AUGGCAAUCGAGAGAAAUCUAAUGAAAGAGCAUCAAGAAGCGAACGUCCUUGAGAGCACGCCUACCAAAUUAAGUAUGAAAUGUUGUGCGUAUGAACAGGGUUUCCCGUGGAGGGUUAGGGUAAUAAAACAAACGUACGGUGAAAAAUGGAAGGUUACUAAAUGGGUUGGAGACCACAAUUGCUUGAAUGAUCAUAUUUCUCAGGGUCAUAGACAGCUUGAUGUUGAUGUGAUUGCUUCACUCGUACUAGGAAUGAUACGAGAGGAGCCAUCAGUGUCAAUUUCACUUGUUCAGGAGAGGAUCACCCAUGCGUAUGGUUUCAAAGUUUCUUACAGAAAGGCAUGGUAUGCAAAACAAAAAGCAAUUGCGAUCAUGUAUGGUGAUUGGGAGGGGUCUUAUGCAUUUUUUCCUAGGUGGUGUGAAUAUAUGCUUCGCUUUUCUCCAGGUUCUGUUUAUAAUAUUCAAACAGAUGAUUAUUUUGUUGCCCACCGACUGGAUGGAAAUGCUGAAUGUUUGCCAUUAGCAUUUGCAAUUGUUGAAGGUGAGACUUUGGAAGCAUGGCAGUACUUCCUUGAAAACAUUCAUCGUCAUGUCACGCAAAAGCAAAACAUAUGUCUCAUUUCAGAUCGGCAUCAAAGCAUAUUAUCUGCUGUGGAGAAUCAUCGUGGUUGGCAGCCACCACAUUCCCAACAUGUGUUUUGCCUUCGCCAUAUUGCAAGUUAUACUCCUUCUAAGGUUGAUUUCGAUAUAGCCUUUGCAAAAUUUCAUGACAUUAGUCCUGAGAUUGCAGAUUGGAUUGAUCAGAUUCUAAAGGAAAAGUGGACGCGGGCAUAUGAUGUUGAUGGACUUAGAUAUGGCCAUAUGACAGCAAACUUGUCUGAAUCCGUUAAUAGGGUUUUGAAGGGUGCAAGAAACAUGCCAAUAACUGGUCACAAUGUGCGUACAUACAAUGUUGAUGAAACUGUAUUUGAAGUUGACGAGGGUUAUGAGAGGUCGUAUUCUGUCAACCUUCUAGAGAGAUAUUGUCAAUGUCGAAAGUUUAAGGCUUUCAAGUACCCAUGUAGUCAUGCCUAUGCGGCGGCACUAAGUGUUCGGCAGAAUCCCUUUCGAUUUGUGGACGAUGUGUUCUUGACAGAGAAUUUGGUUCAUGCAUACUCAUUUCCUUGGCAGCCAAUUGGUAAUGAGGCUGUUAUUCCACCUUGGGGGGGUUCAGUUAUCAUACCCGACAAAUCUAUGUUGCGUGCAAAAGGCCGUCCAAAGUCAACUAGGAUACGCAAUGAGAUGGAUGAAGUUGAAGCCAGUCAAAGUCGAAUUAAGUGUGGUCUUUGUAAGCUACUUGGGCAUAAUCGUCGCUCUUGUCCUAAUCGUUUACCUAAUCAGUGA